AUGAACGGUGACCCCCUCGAUCGUCUCCGAUUGAUCCCUCAAUCGGCACUCGACCACCAUCAUAAGCCAGGUGACCCCUCAAUCGUCUCCGGUUUACACGUGUUCUAUUUUAGGGCUUUUGAAGAGGAACCCGGGUGCCCUUCAGCCUCACCAUUUUCUUCACUGUUUCUCUGUAAAAAAUCAUCGUCUUCAUGGGAUGCCAAUUAUUUGGGUCCGGCUAAAACUGUUCGGAUCACCGACAUCACCUUCCAAUUAGAGGAAAAUGGAACCGAAAGAUCAUUUGAACAAGUUCAAAGUCGGCUCAGUUCUGACGUUGUACUACAUACCCGACUUCAUCUCCGAUUCCGAUCAAAAACUACUCCUAAAUCAGAUUUACACAGCUCUGGUUUCAAAAUGGAAGUCUCUGAAAAACAGGAGAUUGCAAAAUUAGGGAGGGAUUGUCCAUGA